CCCUUUCCCAUUCCCCACCUUGUCGUUGAUGACCUGGAUGAAAGCGUGCACCACACGACCAGAAGACCCACAUCUUCAACUUGCCCAUAUACUAUCUCUCUUCUUCAUUUUGUUGGUUAAAAACGCAGGCGUAGCAUUGUUUUGACUUGGAAUUAGUCUCUCUUCUCCUGAUAAGCUCACUUGACCGACUUCACUCUCCCCAUUAACUCUCCUACUCCACCUAUAUAUACAUAUGCAUAAACCCUCUUCUCCGCUAAACUCAACGCAUCUCUCCUAUCUCUUGUUCACACGUUUCAUAGGAAAAACAGCUUUCAUAAGUUCAUAAACCUUUGUUUUCUUUUGAUUUCUCUCCCUCUUUCACACUUUCUAGCUUCAAGAAUUCAAGAAUUUAAGAUCAAGAAUUCAAGAAUUCAUCUCUUAUGGCUCUUGAAGCUCUAAAUUCACCCACCACGGCCACUCCUAUAAACUAUGAGGAUACCUGGACCAAAAGGAAACGAUCCAAGAGGCCUCGUAGUGAAUCCCCUCCUACCGAGGAUGAGUAUCUCGCUCUCUGUCUCAUCAUGCUUGCUCGUGGUGGCGGCAAAGAAGCUUCAUCUUCAUCUCCACCGCCACCAAAACCGCCAGCUUUGACUCUUUCUUACAAGUGCACGGUUUGUGACAAAGUUUUCCCUUCUUAUCAAGCUCUUGGUGGACACAAGGCUAGCCAUAAAAAAUCUUCCUCUGAGACUGCCACUGUCACCGCCAACCAUAAUCCUUCUUCCUCCUCCACCUCUACCGCCACCGCCAACACUGCCAGUGGUAGGACCCAUGAGUGUUCUAUCUGCCAUAAGAGUUUUCCCACCGGUCAAGCCUUAGGUGGCCACAAGCGCCGCCACUAUGAAGGACCUAUUGGUGGUGGCAACAACAAUAGCAGCAGCGCUGUAGCCUCAUCGGAAGGUGGCGCAAGCCAAAGUCAGAGUCAAAGUCAAAGCCGAGGCGGCGGCUUCGAAUUUGACCUGAACGUGCCUGCUAUGCCUGAGUUCAAUGAUCCAAGAAUCAGUCAAGAAGUUUUCAGAGAGCAAGAAGUGGAGAGUCCACUGCCUGGAAAGAAACCAAAAUUAUCGUUGUUGCUUAAGCAAGAAGAAACUGAAAUGGGAAUUUCUUUGCAAGAUUGAUGAGAUACAGAGCUUGCACAUUAGGUUAAUUAGAAAGAUUCUUGAUUGGAGUUAUUUUUUUUAUGGUUCUGUGCAGAAUUUGUUCAUUUUGUGAUCUUCUUUGUUGUAUUUUUACUCUUGGUCAUUUAUUCAUUCAUUAAAUUUGCUCCAAUAUUUAAUAAAAUUUAGUUUGAUGUUUGAUA